GUAUCCAGACUUCUUUACGACACUGUUGACAGCUGCGUCACUUUGAUGUGGGUUUUAACUCACGUGUUUGAAAUUGUUUUUCUUUAAAGUUAUGAAUUAAUUCGCAGCGUGAAGUCGCCGCCGGGUCACAAAUGAGCGUCUUCGAUUUGUUUCGCGGGUUCUUCUCGGUGCCCGGAGGUCACCACCGCGGCCGGAGGGACCCAUUCUUCGAUGCCAUGACUCAUGACGACGAUGAUGAUGAUGAAGAGGAGGAGGAUGGCUUCUACCAUGACGGGGACCGGGGGGAGCAGCAGGAUCCCUUCGACAGCGCCUGGAGGUUCGGCUUCAGCAUGGGUCCGGACGGGAUGAGGAUCCAGGAGCCGCCGCGGUUCGGUCACGUCCUCCGGGAGAUGGAGGAGAUCUUCUCCCAGCUGGGACAGUGGGACGCGGGACUAGAGUCUGGACACUUUGGUGUUCCCAACAUCACACCGCUGCCGCCAUCUCAGGACAGACUAAAGGAAGGACGGGGGGGAUCCAGCGGAAACCCCCUGAGGGACUUCAUGUUGAAGGCCCCUGACGGAGACACGCGAGGGCCCCAGCCCGGAACGCAGAGAGAGCCCAGACCUGAUGGCCGCCCUUUUUCCAAGUUCUACGACAUUUGGAGACAGGGGCUUGAGAAACCCCCAGCGGAGGAGCACAGAGAAGACCGAGAUUUGGACUCUGCCGUGUCUGCCGGGGGCCUGGACAAGAUUCUGACGCCCCCUGCUGGUCAGGCGCCGAGUCAGCCCAGAAUCCAGUCAUUCUUCCAGUCGGUCUCCAUCAGCAAGGUGGUGAAACCUGACGGGACUGUGGAGGAGAGGAGAACAGUCAGAGAUGGAAAAGGCAAUGAGGAAACCACAGUGACCCGCUCAGGAGGCCCCGGGGUCCGGGAGGGACCCGCCGAUCGACCUGUUCCUGUUCUACCGGGUGGUCAACGACCCUUUUCAGACUUGCGGGAUGAUGACUCGUUAUUUUCCCAGCUCUUCCCAGGAGGGUUUAAAUAACAUGUUGGUCCUUUUCUCCUCUGCACUAAUCCAGCGUAGCUUUGUUAUCUGAAAACGAGUGUGUCAGUAGAGCUGUGAGUUUUCACAGGUUAGAUCUGUAAGUGGACAGAACACUUUUAAAGACCGACAGUUGCCAAAUUUGUUUUCGGAUCACCGGCCCGAUGAUAACGCCGGGUUUCCCCCCCGACCAGGUGGCCACACGUCAGGGAUUGAACAAUUCACAAUUACAUAUUUUAUUUUUGUAUGGUCCCGCAGACAGACCCGUGUGUAUGUAUGUAUAUGAGAGUGUGAUGAACCAAAUAAAGGGUCUUAAUAUAUUGAA